GCUCAGCCCCGCAGCCCCCUCAGGCAGAGGCGCCGCCGCGGUGUCCGGCGGAGGAUGGUGCGCACCGUGCGGGCCGCUCCCCGCAGCCUCAGCCGCAGCAGCACCUCAGCCGAGCGGGCCGCGGCGGACAGCCGACCCCCGCACCGGGCGUGCGACUGGCCGGCGCGCUGAGGCUCGGACGCCAGAGCCCGGGCGACGCCGCGAUCGCUCGCAGCGGCCAUGGGGGCCCUGACGAGCCGGCAGCACGCGGGCGUGGAGGAGGUGGACAUCCCGUCCAAUUCCGUGUACCGCUACCCGCCCAAGUCCGGCAGCUAUUUUGCCAGCCACUUCAUCAUGGGAGGAGAGAAGUUUGACUGCACGCAUCCAGAGGGCUACCUGUUUGGCGAGAACAGCGACUUGAACUUCCUGGGAAACAGGCCAGUUGCGGUAAGGUGUAAUCUUUUUACUGGCUUUGGGCCUGAAGUGACCAGUUCAAGCAGCCCUGUUAAAAGCAAGGUUGUUGGUGUGGCAGGGCCCUAGGGAUCAGUCUUGAUACUGCAAGGCUGGGGGAGCUUGGAGCUUUCCUGAGGAGCCACACUUCUCCUAAGGGCACCUCCUAAACAACCCUGACCAGCGAAUGCCAGAACUUUGCUGUUUUUACUGCUAUGUGCUAGGCCUAGCACAAAGCCUGGAACAAAACAAAAACCCUUAGUAAAUAUUUGUUGAGUGAAUGAAUGAAGUAUCCCUGGCUUUGGAGUUGUACACAGUCAUGCCAGCACUUGGGAGGCUGAGGCAAGAGGAUUGCAAGAAUUCAAAGCGAUCUU